AUGAGCUUCGGGUACUCCAUCGGAGACGCCCUCUCGCUCCUCAAUCUUGCCUUUCAAACCCUACAAAACACCCGCCGUGCCUGUGGAGAGCACGAUGACUUGACCCGAGAGGUAUCCAGUCUACAUCGCGUACUUCAUCGCCUGCACCUCGAACUAUUGAACCCUCAUUCUGUGCUCAACAGGGCUGACGAUGAUCGACAUGCGGAACUCAACGAGCUUGGAGAAAGCUGUGAGCAGAUUCUCAGACUUAUGAACUCAAUUGUGACCAAGUACAACGCUUUAUGGGAUGGAUCCAUUUGGACGAACGUUGAUGGAGAUGAGAAGAUGUUCUGGAGAGAACUGAGAAGGGGUUUAGUAAAAGAGGGGUAUAGGAGCUCGGUUUUGCAACGGCAUAAGCAUUUGAUUCAGGAUUAUAUCAAAGAGCUC